AUGAGAGUGCUCGCAUUUCUUGGGACUAUGUGCCUUGUGGGCGCAAGGGUCUCGCUGGAGGACGCUUUGGAGGUGCUGGAGAGAGAAAUAGAUGACCCGGAGAAGGGUGGCCUGCGGGUAAACUUGGAGGGGCCGCUAAACAUGGUAAACGCAUACAUUUACACACAGUUAGGAUAUAUGCAGAAUAAGAGGCUUUUUUCCCCGGGAAUAGAGACAAGCUACAGCUUAAAGUACGUGGAACCGGCAGACGACGAGGAAAUGUACGAUUAUGAUAGGAAGUACGUCAAGGAUGCAGCAUAUCCACUGCAAAACGAGGAAGGACUAAGUUCCGCAGAGUAUUUGAGGCACUACCACGAAGUCCUUAUAAAGCUCUUUCCUUCCGUGGACGGGAAUCUCUCAAUAGAAACGGGAAGGGAUGUCACAGUAACGAAAUUUCUAAGGGAUAAAUUCAGCGAGAAAGAGGCCCUGCGCGUGCUCGCAUCACUUUUCCUGCUGAGUGUGGGCGUAGACGUGCCGAUUCUCCCGAAAACUCUGGACCCCAGCGAAAGCCCGAAGAAACCUCUCUCGGGGGUGAAUAAAAUUCUCGCGAAAAAAGACAGCCAUAAACGAGAGCUUGCUGUGACUAUUCGCUUCCUGAAAAAGUAUGGGAAAACACACUCCAUGCCCGAAACACUCUCUGAAUUUGAGUCUGGGGAGUUUCUGAAUAGCACGCAAUUCCUUAUGCAAGCGUACAUUUUCGAGUACUUGUCGAGCAAAGAGGAUUUAGCUGGAUUUAUUCAAGCAGUGCAUGAGAUUAUGGUGGAUAUAAAGAGUGGUAAAGGCAGAAACGAGAUUUUCAAGACACUUUUUGUGCCUUCGGAAAGUUCUCUCUCCCAGAAAGCCUUUUUUUCGCCUGUUACGAGAGUGGCUGCAGUAGAAAAAAGGCUCAGCUGGUUCCCAUACGCGGACACUUCCCUUGUUCCAGCGUAUAAAACCGUGCGUGCAUACAGCAGGAAAGACUUAGCCUUUACUGAAAUCUCUUUCAGCAAUUGCGUGGAAGCGGGAGUUUACGCUGCUUUCUGCUGCCUGGCAUACGAUCCGGAGAAGCAGGAAUACAACGUGGAAAAAAUGCUCCAGAACUCGGAAAAUUCUGAAGAAACUCGGGAUUUGCAGGCUUUUUUCCAGAGAAAAGACGUUUCUGCAAAACAAUGUACCUCUCAAAGGGUGCUUGAGGAGUGGAACAGAGUCGUCUCUGGGCUCCCCGGGGGGAUCAGGUACAUAGAAAAGACUGGGGGCGAGAUGCAGACUGGUUUCCUGAACUUUUUGUGCGUUAUUUCGCAUGUUUCAGGGCGUCCGUUAGAGGAAAAACAGACGCUUCAGGAUCUUAUGGGAAUACUGGAGAUAGAAGGGGACGAUUUGCUGUACGAUGUUUUAGGUGCAACCCAAAAAUACACGCAGGAUCUUUUUUCGGCCCUCUCAGUGAACAAGAACGUGGAGGUGAAGUUUACGAACAUAGAAAAAAUGUACAAGGAAGGAAAGAGCGACUUAUACGGGAAUCUCGAUCUAAAGUACACCAAAGCAGAAACGGGCGAAGUCCAGGGCCUUUCUUUUGACUUUUCGCUUAACCAUCUCACGAUUAGCCCGAUUUCUGUGUCUAACAUGCUUUUGAGCGAGGAAGAAGACGGGUUUUUGGCGAGCAUGAAAGAGCUUGAGAAGAAGACCGGGUUUACUUCCUGCCUUUUCUUCGAGUACACGCGGCAAAGCAUGCGAAAGUUCGCAGUCCCUGCUAAGUCUUCCGGGAUGUACGUUGAUGAAUUCAUGAAAAAAACCGUUGAAAAAACCGUUGAAAAAAUCAGAUUAUCUCCAAGGCACGGGGUAAACAGUCUUCUCCUGAUACAGCCAAUUGUUGGCAGACCGGUUAUGUGGGGCCUUUCAUUUGUUCUCUGCUUAACUGCGAAAUCCAGCGGAGUUGUCCUUGAUCCUUCGCAUACGAUCGCUCGAUUCGUUACUAACCUGGUAGUAAACAAUCCUUUGGAGAUCGAAGUUGCGCGAGACCAGCUGCUGGGCAUCCCCAUGUGUGUGGUAGGCGAUAAGACCCUUUUCCCAAAUCUCUCCCUUAUUGAAUCCACGUACGAGUAUAUCUCCAUGAAUGCAGGCGUUUUACUGUGCAAGAACUCCGAGGUAUACGCAAAGCUACCAAAGGCGAGCUCGAUUUUCAUUGACUACCUGAAGAGAUACUCGCAGGAGACAAAAAACCCCAUUUCCACGCACAAGAUACUAAACGUUAGAACCUAUAUUUAUUCGGUCUUUGACUGCGUCUUUGCCGAUGACUCCUGCGAAGCUGCAAAUGAGCUUUCAAAUGCUCUAAUCGCAGAGGGGACUCCCGCAGCCGAACACCUGAAGAAUGGCUUGGACCUUGUCUGGCUGAUGAUUACCUGCGAAGAGAAGCCGGAGUGUUUAGGGCUUAUUUUGGAGCUUUACGACCGAGUAGACGCGAAAAGUCUCGAUACGAUAAUGCCACAUCCUCUAUUAGCAUACACACCGGAAAACUUCGUCUACAUCGAGAGAGUGAAAGCCCUUAAAAAACGGGAAGAAACUGGAAUUUCUCCCAAAGAAAAGGCCCAGGCUGUGCUGGAACUCUUUAGUUAG